AUGUUUUUCCUCACUGGUAUUCUCAUCGCUUUGCUAUUAGUUGUAAUCGUGAUCUAUCUAUGGAAUAUUCGAAAGGCUUACGAUUUUUUCAUUCGUCUCAAGAUUCCAGGACCACCACCGACGUUUUUUUUUGGCAAUAUCUUGGACAUAACAAAAACCAGAGGAACAUCCAUCGCAAUCAAACAAUGGGGUAACAAAUAUGGUCACAUCUUUGGUUAUUUCGCAGGACAUACACCCAUUCUUGUAGUGUCCGAUCCAGAUGUUCUCCAAGAUGUGUUUAUUAAAUCAUUUUCCAAAUUUCAUUCUCGUCGUCCGUCUCCUAUUGUCAAUCAACAAGCAAAGGAUGUUAGUCUGUUUAAUGCAUUUGGUCUUCGAUGGAAAAGACAACGGUUUGUUAUCAAUCCAACAUUUUCCUCCUCAAAACUUAAACAAAUGUCACCGCUGAUUCAUCGAAGUAUCGAUAUGCUGAUGACUAAAAUGAAUGAGCAAUAUGAUCGAGGCGAACCAUUUGACAUCUAUACUUACUUCAAACGAUUCACAAUGGACACUAUAUGGUCGUGUGGUUUUGGUCUCGAUACUGAUAUGCAAAAUAAUGUUAACGAUCCGUAUCUUCUCAAUUCACAGCUGAUUUUUGCACAGAACAAGUUUCGUCGAGUAGCAAUUAUUUUAUUUAUGUUGUUAUCAGAAUGGAGAAAAGUGUUGGCAUUUCUAUUUCGAUCAAUUAACUUUACCCGUUAUUGGCUCCGACGUUAUAUACCUGUGACAAAACGGUUUUUCAAAGAAAGUCCGGCUACAUGGAUUAUGAAACAAGCAGAUGAAAUGAUCGAAAAACGUAAACAAAUUGGUCAUACUGGUCGAACAGAUUUAUUACAGUUGAUGCUCGCUUCUAUGUCAGAUGAAGACUUUAUUCAAGAUCGUCCAGCAUCGUUCGAGAAAAUUGGAGAUACAGAAGUUGAAACGCCUUUAGUUCGAAAAAUUACUAAACAUGAAAUCUCUGCCAAUGUUUUCCUUUUUAUGAUUGCUGGUUAUGAGACAACAAGCACAGCUCUAAGUUACGCGACAUAUAUUCUCGCGACUCAUCCAGAAGAACAGCGAAAAUUGCAAGAACACAUCGAUGCUCAUUUCGAUCCAGAAACAGAACACUCAAUGCCAACAUAUGAGAAUGUCUUAGAAAUGGACUAUCUGGAUAUGUUCAUUCGAGAAACACUUCGCAUGUUUCCCAUUGUGCCAGCGGCUAUCAACCGCGAAAGUACUGAGGAAUUUUGUAUUGAAAACUUUGGAAUUGUGCCGAAAGGUACAUUAAUCACCAUCGACAUUUACAGUUUGCAUUUUAACCCAGAUUUAUGGGGACCUUCGGAUCCACAAGAGUUUCAUCCUGAAAGAUUCGCUACUAAACGACAUCCUAUGGGAUGGAUCCCAUUCGGCGCUGGAUCACGAAAUUGUGUGGGCAUGCGAUUUGCUUUACUUGAAAUGAAAAUGUUACUUGUUCGAUUGCUGAAAACUUAUACCCUGAUCGACUGUGGUGAGAAAACACAUAAACCAUUCGAACAACUUCAAGAAACAUUUGUGAUCACACCCAGCGAACUCUGUGUCCGGCUCCAGCGCAGAGAUGAACAGCAUGAGUGA